AUGCUGGAACACGCUGGAUAUUCUCAGGCCCCGAGCCCAGGGACCUCGUUUAGCGGGGUUACUACAAAUGGCGCGCCAAACGCGCACUACUAUCUCAACUCAGGCAAAGCUACAUCGCAACAACACAAUGCCACCACCAACAACCACCACCCAAGACCAAACGGCACGGGCAAUCACAGCAACAGCGUAGGCGGCGUCAACAACGGCAUCAAUGCCAGCUUCAAUCCCGGUGCCAGCACUACCACGACCACUACUAACACCAAUAGCACCACAAGCCACGCCAACGGUGCAAGCAACAAAGGGAGUGCCGGCCCUGGUGCUGGUGGCGGUAGCAUCACUGUCACUGUUACCGCCACAACCACGACCACAACCACCGCUACUGCUACUGCCACCACCAAUGCAAACACCAAUUCUCACCCCCAUCCCCAUGCUUAUCCCGCGGGGACACCCAAUAGCACCCAUCAUCACCAGCACGCGCCCAGUUCAAGUGGGAAGAAAGUCAAGACCAAGAGGACCAAGAGGGCCUUCGCGCCUCAUUCCAUCACGGCCUCCCGGCCCGCGCCGGAAAAAACACCUUCGGCUAGUUCCUCCCCAAUAACUUGCAGACACGAAUUCAACUUGCCCAAGUCUGCGUCUCAUCAAGAGAAUCCCCCAGCCAAGAUCCAUGCUAACUCUGCUGGCUGGAACUCCAUCAAACGAUCUGUCUCCUGCGCAUCACCUUCCCUUGCAAAUGCAGGCAGGAGCGCCAACCCGGGCCUGAAGGAGCAGCAGCAGCGCUCUUCAUCUACCACCACAAACACCGCCAACCUCAACGCCCACCUCAUGAAUGGCAGUCUCCCUGUCAGCGUCAACCAAGUCUCGGAACCUGCGACUACGUUCGGCAGCUACAGUCAGAGGCCGCCAACAGACAUGCUCUCCGCUACAAACGCUCCAGGCGAAGUAAGAAAAGACCAUACCCUUAGCACCGCCCCAAGGCCGCAGAAUGGCCAGGCGAACUCUAGGCCCAGCCUAAAUGGGCUCCAUAAGGAAUUCAGCGCCUCUCCUACCUUUGCCAUGCUUUUUCCUGACAUUGUGGUGGCCAACCCCAAAUCGAGCAAGAACGGUACCACGCCAACUUCCACUGCUUCCAAGCAGCGUCCCACUAAGCCUCCCAGCCUUCGCAAGGAAAACCGUACCACUAAACCUACCCCUACGGUGGUACAGGCUAUUGAAAUGCGAAGUUCUUCCUCCACACCAAAGUCGCAAUCCAGUGCCAGGCUUACAGCUUACCAAGAAUCAACACCGGGUUCUGGCUAUACUUCUGCUACAAACCUAGACUUGGAAAAUGGUGUUUCUAAUGGCACGUUGGGGAAGCGGAAGCAGGCAGUCUCUAUCGGGAGCGGUAAGGACACAGAUACAAUGUUGAAGUCGUUGGGUACGUUAACAAACCCCAUCAUCAAGAAGUUUACGAUCAAUGGGGCGUCUCAUACCGCUGUACUUGUCACAUCACAUCACCCUGUUAUACUUGCCAACGGAUAUACUCUCAAUACCCAGAGUCCGGUUGUCAUUGUGGAUGAUGAUGAUGGCACCAGCUCAGCGAGCCCAGAUUUGACAUUGAAUAGGGAUGAUGAAGCUAACUCAGCAAACCCAGUAAACCUAAAUGAGGAUGGUAAUACUGGGUCAGCGAGCCCAGUCGUCAUGAUGGAUCUGGAUGAGAGCGUUGGCUCAGCGGGUUCAGUUAUCAUGGUUGAUAGGGAUACCGACUCUCCAAGGCCCGUUGUCAUGGUGAAUGGUGAUGGAGCUGGUCCGGCAGACCAAAAUGUGACAGUGAAUGGUGUGGAUGAGGCUCGCCCAAUCACGCCUGUUCCUGUUCUUAGGCAUGGCUUUGUCAACCCGGCGCCAUCCAGACCCAGGCUACGGGCAAACCUGGGGAAGGAACCUUUUGAUUCCGACGCCUUUGACGCCUUAAUAUAUGCACAACCUGGUGCUUUAUCACCGCCAAAAGGUGUACGUACUUUUGGGCAUCGCAAGAAAGGCAGCGAUGGGUCGCAAUUAGACGAUCGCCUCUAUCUACACCGAGAUCCAGCGAUUCAAGGAAUGCAUGAGCGAUCGGAGGAGUGGUACCGAAGAAAGCUCGCCCUUCGACUCCCAGGAGCUCGAAAGAAAUGGUUUGGAAGAGUCAGGGAGAGACAACGGUGGUUAAAGUCGCAACAAGACCAACUAUCUCGACCCAGCGAUGACGGCCUUCGGGAAAGAGGUCCCAAGAGGAAAGAUCCAGAGCCUUGGGCGCAUCAGAGAUCCCUCGAUUUUGGCGACGUCCCAGAAGAUGAUCUUCCAUCAUAUGUUAAAGAAAACCCUGCUUGGCUGAAGUUUUGCGGGAGGCUUCGCGACGCAAGAACUAAAAUGGAUGCAGCGGACUCUAGUGUGCUGCGCCGAGAACGAGCGAAACAGCAAGCAGAGGUCGAUAAAAGAUCCCUCACCAGGAAGGAAGUUGCGCGACGACAGCUGGCCUCGAAGGAAGCUGCGCAAAGACAGUUGGCCUUGAACGAAGCUGCGCAAAGACAGCUGGCCUCGAACGAAGUUGCGCAAAGACAGCUGGCUCCGAAGGCAGUUGCGCAAAGACCGCUGGCCCCGAAGGAGGUUGCGCAAAGAUCCCUUACCAAGAAGGAAGUUGCGCAAAGACAGCUUGCCUCGAAGUUUAUGCGGCAAACCGAGGAGUUCUACAAUUCGAUGAAACAAGCGUAA